CGCGAGACUUGAUGACUCCCUUCCACCGGCAUUUAUCGCGAGGCUGUAGGCAGGGCCGGGCCCGACAUGGCGGAAGAGGAGGUGGCCAAGUUGGAGAAGCAUUUGAUGCUUCUAAGACAAGAGUAUGUCAAGCUGCAGAAGAAACUGGCAGAAACAGAGAAAAGAUGCACACUUUUGGCUGCACAAGCAAACAAGGAGAAUAGCAGCGAGUCAUUCAUCAGCCGCUUGCUGGCCAUAGUGGCAGGUCUCUAUGAGCAAGAGCAGUACAGUGAUUUGAAGAUCAAGGUUGGGGACAGGCACAUCAGUGCUCACAAGUUUGUCUUGGCCGCCCGCAGUGAUAGCUGGAGUCUGGCCAAUUUGUCUUCCAUAGAGGAGCUAGACUUGUCUGAUGCGAAUCCUGAGGUGACAAUGACAAUGCUUCGCUGGAUCUAUACGGAUGAGUUAGAGUUCAGAGAGGAUGAUGUGUUCCUGACUGAAUUGAUGAAACUGGCCAAUCGCUUUCAGCUCCAGCUCCUUAGGGAGAGAUGUGAGAAGGGUGUUAUGUCUCUGGUGAAUGUUAGGAACUGUAUUCGCUUCUAUCAAACAGCAGAGGAAUUAAAUGCCAGCACGCUGAUGAACUAUUGUGCAGAAAUUAUUGCAAGUCACUGGGAUGACUUGCGAAAGGAGGACUUCAGUAGCCUGAGUGCUCAGUUGUUAUACAAAAUGAUCAAAUCCAAGACAGAGUACCCAUUACAUAAAGCUAUCAAAGUGGAGAGAGAAGAUGUGGUCUUCCUCUAUCUGAUUGAAAUGGAUUCCCAGCUACCUGGGAAGCUUAACGAGACAGAUCAUAAUGGAGAUCUUGCGUUAGAUCUGGCUCUUUCUCGGCGACUAGAGAGUAUUGCCACCACUCUGGUUAGUCAUAAAGCUGAUGUGGAUAUGGUAGACAAGAAUGGCUGGAGCUUAUUACAUAAAGGGAUCCAAAGAGGAGAUCUUUUUGCUUCUACAUUCCUCAUUAAGAACGGGGCCCUUGUCAAUGCUGCCACAGCAGGAGCCCAGGAGACCCCAUUACACCUUGUAGCAUUGUACAGUCCAAAGAAAUACUCAGCAGAUGUGAUGUCUGAGAUGGCGCAGAUUGCGGAGGCCCUCCUGCAGGCUGGUGCCAAUCCCAACAUGCAGGAUAGCAAGGGCAGGACUCCUUUACACUUGUCCAUCAUGGCCAGGAACGAGUGUGUGUUCAGUCAGCUGCUGCAGUGUAAACAAUUAGAUUUAGAGCUGAAAGAUCACGAAGGCAGCACUGCACUCUGGCUUGCCGUCCAGUACAUCACUGUGUCUUCAGACCAGUCUGUAAACCCCUUUGAAGACCUCCCUGUGGUAAAUGGGACAUCAUUUGAUGAGAAUAGCUUUGCAGCCAGACUCAUUCAACGUGGCAGCAACACUGAUGCUCCUGAUGUGAUGACAGGAAAUUGUUUACUACAAAGGGCAGCUGGGGCUGGAAAUGAGGCUGCUGCUCUCUUCCUGGCAACUAGUGGUGCCCACGCCAACCACAGGAACAAAUGGGGAGAAACUCCUUUGCAUACAGCUUGUCGGCAUGGCCUGGCCAACCUCACAGCAGAGCUCCUGCAGCAAGGUGCCAAUCCAAACUUACAGACAGAGGAGGCUCUGCCGGUGCCUAAAGAGUCUCCCGUCCUAAUGAGUUCUGCAGAUGGCAUCUACCUACAAACACCACUGCACAUGGCAAUUGCCUAUAACCAUCCAGAUGUGGUUUCUGUCAUCUUAGAGCAGAAAGCCAAUGCUCUUCAUGCCACCAACAACCUACAGAUUAUACCAGACUUCAGCCUCAAGGAUUCCAGAGACCAAACUGUUCUUGGCCUGGCAUUGUGGACUGGCAUGCACACAAUCGCUGCCCAGCUGCUGGGCUCCGGAGCCUCUAUCAAUGACACCAUGUCAGAUGGACAGACAUUGCUGCACAUGGCCAUACAGCGGCAGGACAGCAAGAGUGCUCUCUUCCUACUGGAGCACCAAGCUGAUAUAAAUGUCAGGACUCAGGACGGGGAGACUGCCCUCCAGCUGGCCAUCAAACAUCAGCUCCCACUAGUGGUUGAUGCCAUAUGUACUCGAGGAGCUGACAUGUCUGUGCCAGAUGAAAAAGGGAACCCACCACUGUGGCUUGCCUUGGCAAGUAAUCUGGAGGACAUUGCUUCCACUCUGGUCAGACAUGGUUGCGAUGCUACGUGCUGGGGCCCAGGACCCAGCGGGUGUCUUCAGACACUUCUGCAUAGAGCCAUUGAUGAGAACAGCGAAUCUACUGCCUGCUUUCUUAUUCGCAGUGGCUGUGACGUGAAUAGUCCCAGACAACCAGGUACUAAUGGAGAAGGAGAAGAGGAAGCAAGGGAUGGACAGACUCCCCUGCAUUUGGCAGCCUCAUGGGGACUAGAAGAGACGGUACAGUGUCUUUUGGAGUUUGGUGCCAACGUCAAUGCACAGGAUGCAGAAGGAAGAACGCCUGUCCAUGUGGCCAUCAGCAACCAGCAUAGCGUCAUCAUUCAGCUGUUGAUCUCUCACCCCAACAUUGAGUUGAGCGUCCGGGACAGACAAGGGCUGACUCCUUUUGCCUGUGCCAUGACUUACAAGAACAAUAAGGCAGCUGAGGCCAUUUUAAAACGAGAGUCUGGGGCUGCUGAGCAGGUAGAUAAUAAAGGUCGGAAUUUUCUUCAUGUGGCAGUUCAGAACUCUGACAUUGAAAGUGUCUUGUUCCUGAUCAGUGUCCAGGCCAAUGUGAACUCCAGAGUCCAGGAUGCUUCCAAGUUGACCCCUCUGCACCUUGCUGUUCAGGCAGGCUCAGAGAUCAUUGUCCGAAAUCUGCUUCUUGCAGGAGCCAAGGUGAACGAGUUAACCAAGCAUCGUCAGACCGCUCUCCAUCUCGCUGCACAGCAGGACCUGCCCACCAUCUGCUCAGUCCUCCUAGAGAAUGGAGUGGACUUCGCUGCUGUGGAUGAGAAUGGAAAUAAUGCUCUUCAUCUUGCAGUCAUGCAUGGUCGACUCAACAAUAUCCGGGCUCUUCUGACAGAGUGUACAGUGGAUGCUGAAGCCUUUAAUCUGAGAGGCCAGUCACCACUACACAUUUUGGGACAGUAUGGCAAAGAAAAUGCAGCAGCCAUCUUUGAUCUCUUCUUAGAGUGUAUGCCUGAGUAUCCUCUGGACAAACCAGAUGCAGAAGGCAACACGGUGCUGCUCUUAGCAUACAUGAAAGGGAAUGCCAACCUGUGCCGUGCCAUCGUUCGGUCUGGGGUUCGCCUUGGGGUGAAUAAUAACCAAGGAGUCAACAUUUUCAACUACCAGGUUGCCACUAAGCAGCUUCUGUUUAGAUUAUUAGACAUGCUCUCCAAAGAGCCUCCAUGGUGUGACGGCUCCAACUGCUAUGAAUGUACUGCCAAGUUUGGAGUCACAACUCGAAAACAUCACUGUCGUCACUGCGGCCGUCUUCUUUGCCAUAAAUGCUCAACCAAGGAGAUCCCUAUUAUAAAGUUUGACCUGAACAAGCCUGUGCGGGUUUGCAACAUUUGCUUUGAUGUACUGACUUUGGGUGGAGUCUCUUAGUGAGGCCCCCAGGAGGACCCAGGCCUGCAUCCCUGGCACCUCCCCAGCAGCUGCUCUGCUCACCGGCCUGCCUCCUACCCAGAGCAAGAGCUGGCAGUUGUCUUCCUGCGGCAGAAGACCAUGGCGUGAUCCCUGAUUGUUACAAACCAUUCUGUAUGACUGUCAGUGUGUCAGACUGUGGUCUAUUGCACUAGAUGUCUAGUUGGACCAGGCCAGUUUAACCUGCGUGACAAAUGUGAUAGGAAUCGGCUAGCAGCACACAAGGACACUUGGAAACAAUGUUCCCUUCCAGUAACAUAGGGUCCAUCUCAGAGAAUUCACAAAGUCUUCCUGCCUGGGCUGACUUAGAGCAGAGCCAGACAGAGCAGAGAGCAGCUGCUAGAUGAGAGCUGGUUACUCUAGGGCGGUGGCUACCCUAAGUGGCUCUGGCCUCUAAUGCACAGUGUUUUCAUAAAGAUAAUAGGAACCUCUGCCCUCAAGUCUUUUCUUUCUUUAAGCUAAGCUGUAUUUUUAGUGAGCUGCCCUUUUAAAAAGGUGAAAUCUUUCUAACAGGGUUCAAAGAUGAGAGCUGAAAAAUUGUGGCCUUAACAACUGAAAGCUUUACCAAUGUUGCUGCUGCUGGGUGUCAGAAUGCCUGUGGUAGCUUGACACCCAGCAGCUGUCUCAUCUCUCGUCUUGCUGCGUCCUGUCUGUGGAGUCCUCAGUCGCUGCCACUUGAGUGGUGGAAGAAAUGCACUUUGACUGUGCUGCACUUUUUCUAGAGCUGUAUCAUUGGUGAAUCCAAUUCAAAAAAUCCAUGUUCAAGAAUGCCAUCACAUACUCUUCUAUCAGUGGUUCUGAUAGCCAGCGUGGACUGGACCUCAGCACACACUGAUCUAAAAGGGAAAACUGCCAAGAAGGAAGAAAUUCACACUGAUAAGAAAGGAGAUAGCUGUGACUUUGAUCCAGGCUCUCUCCCUGACAUCCUUCCUGCUAAAACCUUGCCUUGCAUGCUGAGUGCUAGUGGCACCAGUUCUGGGUGGCACUGGGCCUCAUCAGAGCCGAACAGCCCAAGGCCCCGGCCAGCUAUGAGCAGCCUGUUUUAGAAAUCUGGCUGAAAUGAUGAGCGAGGCUACGAAGCAUAGCUCUUUGGUUCCUGCUGCUGCCUAUUCUAUCCCUGGGAUGUGGGACCUCUUACUUUUUAAAGUUUGGCCAGUGUUUUGGGUUGUUUCUGUUUGGGAAUUUUAAUUUUUUCAUUUUAUUAUAUUGCACACUGAAAGAGAAACUUCUACCACUGGGUUUUCUGUUUGUUUUUAAGAAACAAAAACACAAUUGCUCUGAGACUCUGAGAUGAACAGUAUCUGGUCAUAGUCAGAGCUUAAUUGUCAAUCACUUGCACUGAUUUUUUGAGACAUUUGAUGACCCUAUGAUACUUGCAUUAAUAGCGUGUGACUGUAUGAAUAAAAGGGACUUCUUUUGGCAUCACUUUCUUCCUUGCAUAGUGGUGUGCUCUCUGUUGCUGUAGAGUUAGACAGACAUCUUACUGCCUAAAUAUGUAUAAAAUGUGCUGAGAAACCAGUGUGCUACUUCCUAAAAAUAUUUCUGUGAUUUAUAUGUAUGCUUUUUAUGUUAACAUUAGCUUGUACACAGUGUUUAAAAGGAAGAGUUACUUGGAGGAGUGCCAUUGUCCCCCAGCCUGUGACUGACUUCCUAUAGAAUCUUUAUGGAAACAUGUGUCAGUCUUGGCCAACAACUAUAGGAAGCAUGUAGUCAGUUUUCAAGUUUUAUUGCCUAAAAAGGGCCACGGAGACCUAGAGUUAGGUUGUUACCAUGGUUCUUUAGUGGGGAAGGUAGGAAUGGUAUGGUUAUGAACCAGGGUGGAGAGGGGACAGAGGGAAGCAGGAUGAAGCUGAUCAUUGUGUCCUUGCCCUACCACACCAGUUUCAGUAACAACCUUGCCUAUAACUGUACUUACAAUCUGAAGAUGACGCCUAAAGCCUAUGUAGGUUCAAGUUUCUGUUCCUUCAGAGGUCAGGGUAGUCAGCCCCGUGGCUGACGGGGCUGUGUGACCUGAGCAUUGGUAGCCAUGCUGUAGAUGUGGCUCAGGCUUUCUUCCACUUCCGCAAUCCCCCUGACCAUGCCACGCUCACUGUGCUGCCCUCCUGCUGUACACUGCCCUGGCCAGGACCAGACUUACUGUGUGUCUCUCCUGUGCUCUCUCCAUGCUGACCAGACUUCAACAUGAAAUUGCUUAGCUAUUCUUGUUCGGUCUUAUCACUACCUUAAGAACUAGCAGCAAAACUUCAUUCAUUCAUUCAAAAAGUUGUUAGUUGUGAAUGAGCCAACCAGGAAGAAUCAAGUUUACUGAAACAUAAUUUGCUGCAUCAGUUAACACUGCUGUGCUCACCUAGCUUUUUACCUGCCUCUUGUUCAUCAUGACUGGUGUACAGUGUAUCAUUAAGGUUUUAAAGACAGAGGUACAGACCGUGUGCUUACACUAGUCUGCUACAAUCUUCUCACACAGCAAUGUCCCACAAGCUUAAGUGCCUACACUGAGGACUCCCUUGUUUCCAGUUGUCUUUUCAUUGGUGUCUCACUCAGUGAUGUGUUAGAAUACGAGUUUUGGGCCUAUUCCACCCCAAUAGCCAAUUCAGUCCAGGCUGAAUACUAGACUGCUCAGUUCAUCUGCCAUAUUCUCUCCAAGGAGUGGGGUCCACAUGAUGUUUCUGUCCUCUACCUCAGAACCAUGAGUUGUUUCUAACUACCCAUCAGCUUCCUCCCUCUCCUUGAGUGGGUCUUUCAUGAAGCUGGGUGUGUGGGAUCACCACCUGGCCCAAUUUGUGCCCAUCCCCCAUACUGAACUUGUUUGCAGGCAAGGGGUGGAAGACAGGCCUCCAUCUAGGAUUUCCUUACCUGGAGAAGAGAAAAAGUGGCUGAACUGCCAAAUGCUUAGAGACAGGAGAGGAAGCAACAGCAGCAUGUAAAUGUCUCCCUCACAGAUGCUGGCUUCCCUCAGGAUCAGCCCCUAGAGCCACCUGAAGCUCCAGAGCUCCCCUGCCAGCCCAGCAGAGGAAGCAGCUCAGCAAAGGCCUCUGAGCUAUGCUUGCUGUACAGAACUGAUAUAGUGAAAAACUGAGUAUGCAACCAGUUAACUAAAUAUAAAAUUCCCAGAUGUCAUAGAUGCCUUAAAGACUUUCUCUGGAGGAUCAUUGCCUCUUGUGUGGAAUAAAUAAUGUAUUAACUCUCACAACUGACAACAUUGGUUCUCUACAGUGAGGGACUGGGGACUGCUGGACUUACUGACUUGCCAGUUUGGCAGCUGUGUGGAACUGGGCGUUCCAUGACAUCCUUAUGGUACCAAGGACAAGGUGGCAGCAGCUGGGCCAAAACUGCAGGCACAUGUUUGUAUAGACCACUUUGGCUCUCAAACUGCUCUGGUGCUGCUCAGUGUGGGAUGACGGCAUCAGCUGGGACCAUGGCUAAGGCUUAGCAGCAUUGUUUCUUUGGAGUCUGUGUAAUGGAAUGUAUUUUUCAAAUAUUGAUAUUUUGAUUUUCUGUAAUAAUUCCUUACAAUAAAAAUGAGGUAAAAUUGUA